GCCGGAAGCUGAGGGGCCAGGCCGUGACCUCCCCGCGCGGGCGCUUCUUUUCCCGGCAGCCCUCGCGAGAGCGGCCCCGAGGGGAUGGAGCCAGAUGGGGUCAUAGAGAGCAACUGGCACGAGGUGGUGGACAGCUUCGAUGAGAUGAACCUGGCAGAGUCCCUGCUGAGGGGCAUCUAUGCCUACGGCUUCGAGAAGCCUUCUGCCAUCCAGCAGAGAGCAAUCCUGCCCUGCAUCAAGGGCUACGACGUGAUCGCGCAGGCGCAGUCGGGCACGGGCAAGACUGCCACCUUUGCCAUCUCCAUCCUGCAGCAGAUUGAGCUGGACCUCAAGGCCACGCAGGCCCUGGUGCUGGCACCCACCCGAGAGCUGGCACAGCAGAUCCAGAAGGUGGUGAUGGCUCUGGGCGACUACCUGGGUGCCUCCUGCCAUGCCUGCAUCGGGGGCACCAACGUCAGGGCAGAGGUGCAGAAGCUGCAGCUGGAGGCUCCUCACAUCAUCGUGGGCACCCCUGGCAGGGUCUUCGACAUGCUCAACCGACGCUACCUCUCCCCCAAGUUCAUCAAGAUGUUUGUGCUGGACGAGGCUGAUGAGAUGCUGAGCAGAGGCUUCAAGGAUCAGAUCUAUGACAUCUUCCAGAAGCUCUCUGGGAACACGCAGGUGGUGCUGCUGUCGGCCACGAUGCCCCUGGACGUGCUGGAGGUGACCAAGAAGUUCAUGCGGGAGCCCAUCCGGAUCCUGGUGAAGAAGGAGGAGCUCACCCUGGAGGGCAUCAGGCAGUUCUACAUCAACGUGGAGCGGGAGGAGUGGAAGCUGGACACGCUGUGUGACCUGUACGAGACGCUGACCAUCACCCAGGCUGUCAUCUUCAUCAACACGCGGCGCAAGGUGGAUUGGCUCACCGAGAAGAUGCACGCCAGGGACUUCACUGUCUCCGCCAUGCACGGGGACAUGGACCAGAAGGAGAGAGAUGUCAUCAUGAGGGAGUUCAGGUCCGGCUCCAGCAGGGUCCUCAUCACCACCGACCUGCUGGCCCGAGGCAUCGACGUGCAGCAGGUGUCCCUGGUGAUCAACUACGACCUGCCCACCAACCGCGAGAACUACAUCCACCGGAUCGGGCGCGGGGGCCGCUUCGGGCGCAAGGGCGUGGCCAUCAACAUGGUGACGGAGGAGGACAAGAGGACGCUGCGGGACAUUGAGACCUUCUACAACACCGCGAUCGAGGAGAUGCCGCUCAACGUGGCCGACCUCAUCUGAUUGGCUGCCUCCCCCCCCCCCCCCCCCGGGCCACGCCCAGCCCCGCCCUUUUUGUGCUCUUCUCUCCCCCUCCCGAGGCCUUUUUUGCUCUUGAAUAAACGUCAGCCCCCUCCCCCCCGCCCCCCCCACACCUCUGGGGCAGCCUCGCAGCUGUGGGGCAGAGCCAGGCUGAGGAGGAAGCCUCACAGCUGGGGGGGGGGCAGCCCCCUAGCCCCCUCCCCUUUUUGUAACGUUUAUUUAUGGGAAUAAAAGAGACUUUGGGGGAAAAA